UGUGUUUGCGGCGUCCGCCAUGUUGUUGUGUUUUUGUGCGUUGCAGUGACUGAACGCGUCGCUCCGCUUAAACAGCUAAAGCAGAACCGAAACCAUGAAAAAGACUAAAAUUAUUAUAAAGUUUUUAAACUUUACUGGAUUUCUGUCCUCACUGUGCGGUGUGUUGGUUUAUGUGAUGUUUAUUCAGGCCGCUAAUGCUAACGCUAACCCUUCACCUGCUCCUGUUAGUCAGCCAUGCAGUUCUUUGAGCAGCUGUGACUCCUGUCUGAAAAAUGUCUCGUGUUUGUGGUGUUACACUAAUGACACCUGUACAGUUUAUCCUGUGGCUCACCUGCUUCCUCCUGCCUCAGUGUGUAAACUGUCUCAGGCCCGCUGGGGUGUGUGUUCAGUGAACUUCGAGGCUUUGAUCAUUGCGAUGGCCGUGUUACUGGGUGUUUUGCUGCUGGCCGUCACCGUGUGCUGCUGCUGCUGCUGUCGCCGCUGUGGACGAUCGUCACGGCCAGAUCGUAUAGAGGAGGAGAUUGCUCGGAAGAGAGAAAGAGACAGACAGCUUUCAGAUGAACGGAGGGCUGAGCGUAGGGCAAAACAUGAUGAAAUCCGCAAGAAGUACGGUUUGAUGUCAGACUCUGAUCACCCGUACAGCAAGUUUGAGAAUGAGUGAGACGGGAGUGAGACGGGAGUGAGACGGGAGUGAGACGGGAAUGAGACGGGAAUGAGACGGGAAUGCCAUCCAACUGAUUCUCUUUCACUUUUCUUCACCAUAAUCAAAGAAUCUGAUUAACCAUGUCUCUUCAGACUGCAGUGUAAUGCAUGAAUGUGUGUGCGUGUGUGUUCGUGCGCGUGUGUUCGUGCGCGUGUGUGUUCGUGCGCGUGUUCGUGCGCGUGUUCGUGCGCGUGUGUGCGUGCGCGUGUGUGUGCGUGCGCGUGUGUGCGUGUGUUCGUGCGUGUGUGUGCGUGCGUGCGUGCGUGUGUGUAUAGUUUUAAACCCUGCUGUGCUAUUGUGUGCUCUUAUUAAAUGUUUCCUAAUAAAUUUAAAUUCUACUUUUA